UACAGGAAUUAAAAAUUCGCGGCGUGCAUAAAUGCUGAUCUUAGACGUAGCCAAAUAAAUUCGUUUCUGAGAGAUACGCGGCACGUUGGACGAUUACAUAUACCAUACGUAAAAUACCUACUGCCCUCUAGGUGAUUUGAAUUCAACCUAACCUUACCUUGCAAUACUUGCGCUUGCAUGGAUUGCAUGUUCUUUAUGUUUAUACGAAACUACGAUGGUAAUUGCAGCAAAUGAUAUACGAAAUCAUUGUAUUAUAAGCGAAUUGGUGAAUUAAAAGCUUGAUCUCUUCAAGAAAUUUUGGAGGUUAUGCCGGCGAUCUUUCGUCGAUCUGAACACGAAUACAUACACUUAUAAAAUUGCAUUUGCGACUGCGUGUGAGUAUACAGGCAUAGAAUGGACGAAGCUCUGACCACACAGUCUACGUUUCAGUUAAAAUUUUCGAAGCAAAUAUAUUGCGUUGAAUUGUCACCGUACGAAUGGUCUCAACAUUUAAUUUGUGUUGCUCUGGCUGAAGAAAUUGUUAUCGGUACUAUUAAAUUCCAGGAGGAGGAUGAGACAGUGGAAGAUAUUGCUUAUAGUACUCUUAGAACAUUUCGUCAUGAUACCAGGCCUCAUGCGAUUGCUUGGAGCCCAGAAACCUGUCUCAGUGUGGUAUCAAAGGUGUUAAUGUUCUCUGUUGCUGGGGCUGAUUUUAAAAUAAGAUUAUAUUGUAGUAACAUGUCUGAUAGCACUAUAUGGGAGAUGGAAGGGCAUAAGGACUAUGUAAACUCCAUUUGUUAUGAAACUGAAGGUAAAAUAUUGGCUUCUGUAUCUGAUGAUCAUACAUGUAAACUUUGGGCAGUCAACGAGGAAGGAAGGUGUAUUUCUACAUUUUAUUUAACAUCACCUGGGAUGACUGUACGUUUUCAUCCUGAAAAGCCUGGCAAACUGCUUGUGGGAGAAAAAAAUGGACUGAUUCAUAUGUAUGAUAUACAAAGUCGACAAGCAAUUAUGUCUUUAGAUGCAGACAUAGUUCCCUUAAUGUCAAUUGAUUGGGGAUCUAAUCCAUUUGAAAUAGCUGGUAUAGCUGCUGGAAAAUUACUUCUAUGGGAUAUAUCAUCCAAAUUCAGUUUACCUCAUGAAUUAAGUCCCCUUCAUAUUGAAGGUGGAUUAAUGGUAAAAUUUUCUCCUUCUUAUGAUCAUUUAAUAGCAACUAUUGGCAGACCAGACAAUUUAUUGAAAGUAAGGAAUGUAAAAUCUGAUCAAGAAAUACUCUGUGGUCAAGUUAAAUUAAUAGGUGGGAUAACGUGGCAUUAUAAAUUGCCAUACAUUUGUGCUGCAAGUGAUAGAGAACUACGUUUUUGGAGAGUAAGUGCCAAUUAA